AUGUCCGACAAGUCCACCCCUACCAGCAACUCACCUCGUCAGGCCCAUAGCCGAUCCGUUUCGGUGAGCGCAGAACCUUCUUUUGCAAACCUACGGGCCCCCACUUCCCCACGUCGACCUGAACCAUCUUCAUUGUAUCCAAAAACAUGGGAAUACAACAGAGAGCCUGUUAACAAGCUUCCUGAAGACGUCAAACCUGCCUGGGGACGCGAUGAAACCCACAACAAAGUAUCUGUCGUAGCGCCGCGGCAGGGUCAUGAGGGCUCUAGGAAUAUUAUCUCACCCAGGCUUCAACCCAGGCUUGCACGCCUAAGUCUAUCAGAGAUAAAAACAAUCACUUUCGAUCCAAUUCAGGAAACACCUCCGUCGCCUUAUCAUGAAGCGCCUCCCAAGGAAAAAUCGAGUUACGAAUAUGCAAUCAACGAUCUGUUGACCCGGACCGACCACGCUGAUCAGAGCCGUGUUACAGAGACGGACUACUAUGACCUACUGUCAAAACUGAAGGCAUCCAACAUGAUACAGCCAAUACUACCACUCCCGGAGGAUCGAAUCUCCUGCGUUGGAAGCGACAUUCCUGACGAGGAUGAAGAGGGGGACGUCCCUGAGGAUAGUAUUCCUACCUACUUGAAGAAGCAUGAUGCCUAUGAAACAAAGAUGCGCUUGAUUCAGCUCCGGACAAUUCUGAUGCGCUGUCAAGUCCUCCAAAGCGCUGUGAUUAACAUUGAGCGCAAACCAUGGAUACCAUCCGUAGAGAAUCAGGCUAACACUUACUACUCGAAGAUGCGGAAGCUUGCCUACAGGGCCCGCGAGCUUGCUGAACGUCUUGAGAGUCGCGAGUUGCAAGCCCGCUGCGAAUACUGGGCCGGCCGUGGCCAUGGUGGAACACAUGACUUCGAAUCUGCUAAGGAAUGCUUUGCUCUUGCGAUGAAUCUUGACGUGGAAAAUGGUACUUUGCCCAACGGUGAACCGAGACUGAGAGGACUGAGACCGAAUGAGAAGGAGGACGUUCGCUUCCUCUUCGGUUAUGCAUCGCAGCACGAGGAGGAGUGGCGGCGGAGAAUUAAAGAUGUACACGAAGCUGCACCAGUGCAAGUUGGGCAAAGCAACCUGCGAGAUGAAAAGUGCUUGGAUUGGAGCAACAUAUCAAAACUGGCAUGGCGCCCGGAACGCGAUCGCAUCAUGGGUCAUGUCAACUUGCCAAAGGUUGUACCCAAUCUAAAAGCCAUGAAGCCCGAAUUCAGCAACGACUCUUUCGAGCCACAACAGAUACAACUCAAAGCCAUUCAUGAUGUGGAACUGAGAAGAAGACCACUAAGCGAUGCAGAGCAGAGAUACAUAAAAAAGGAUGGCAAAAGGCAAAGCCAACGGCGAGACCAUACAACCCGAGUCGGCAUCAGACCCACCCCGAGGACAUAUUCCAUUCAAAGCCGUCGACCUGAGAUGUCCCACGCUUCUUCUCUAAGGUCUGUCAAUAGUUCGGCGUCUUACGCAAGUUUCAGGAAACCUCUACGACUACAAGACGAACUGGCAGACUUGGGGGAUUGGCAUGCCAGAACCCCAUCAUCAUCAGGAAGUUGCAAGACAUAUACACCGAAAAGUGAACUACAGCAGCGUCGAAACGUAAACCUCGAUUCGAUCGAUACUAGCGACUUUGAACAUCGCAUGAAUUUAGGGAAGGCCGUGCAUGGGGAAGAUCCAGAGGUGUAG